AUGGAUCGUUUCAACUCCACUCACGAGGAGCUUUCGGGCACCAUCCCAUCUGACAAAAUCUUGUUGCUUCCUCAGCCAACAGAAUCACCUAAUGACCCCCUCAACUGGAGCUACUGGCGCAGAAUGUGGUCUGCUGCUUUGGUGUUGUACAUAACCGCUCUAACAGCAGCCACUUCCAACAGUGCUGGUGCUGCGGGCACAGCGCUGGUCGAAGAAUAUGGCAUUGGCUGGGGAGUUCAGAACACUGCUGCGGGUGUUUUGUUCUUGGGCAUUGGCUAUUCGUGCCUGGCACUGUCGUCUGCCAACUGGUUGUAUGGCAGACGUAUCUCAUACAUCAUCUGUCUGAUCUCUUCAAUCAUCGGUAGCGUCUGGUUCGCCCGAUCCGAUGGCAAGGCGGAUACUAUCCUUUGUCAGUUAUUCCUGGGAAUUUCUGAGUCUGUUGCAGAGGCAACCGCACAACUGUCUCUGACAGACGUUACCUUCCAACACCAGCGUGGUUCCGUUUUGGGUGUUUAUGUGCUUGCGACCUCGGUUGGUACUUUCCUCGGGCCCAUGCUUUCUGGUUUCAUCGCGGAUAGUCCGCUCGGCUGGCGCUGGAUGGGCUGGUUUGCUCUGAUCAUCUCCGGCUGUACUCUGGUCGUCUUCUACUUCGGUCUUGAAGAAACUGCUUUCGAUCGUGACAGCAUCUUGGAUGGACUGGCCACUGGGCGUAGCUCCGCUGAGACUGAAAUUGACGAGACCAACAACGACCAUAGUCCUAGAAAGGGCAAUUUGAUCCCGAACGGCUCUGACCUGGUCCCAAAGUCGUACUGGGAUCGCAUAGCUCUCAUUACGCCAUCACCUACAUUGAUCGGAACAGGAUUCAAGCAAUACAUGCGCCGCACUUUCCACACCCUACGUGUAUUCUACUUCCCAGCCGUCAUCUAUUCCGGUUUGCAGUGGGGCAUGCAAGAUGCCUUUCUCUCCUUCUACAUGACGGUCGAAGACGACAAUUGGACUUCAGAGCCCUACAACUAUGGCGACCGCGCGGAUGCGAUCAUGUGCAUUCCAACCCUUAUCGGUGCCGUCGUAGGAUGUGUCUAUGGAGGCUGGUUCUCCGACGUCUUUGUGCGCUGGAUGGCCAAACGUCGCGGAAACAUCUCCGAGGCCGAAGACCGCCUUUGGCUUAUGUAUCUCCCCGCCAUCAUUUCACCAGUCGGUCUUAUCCUUUUCGGUAUGGGCACACAGCGCGUGUGGCCGUGGCCGGUUCCUUAUGUUGCUUUGGGCUUCAUUGGUUUUGGUUUCGGUUGUGGAGGUGACCUGACCAUGGCCUACCUCAUGGAUUGUUACCCGGACGCAGUUCUCGAAGGCAUGGUUGGUGUAGCUGUUUACAACAACUCGCUGGCUUGCAUCUUCACUUUUGUAUGCUCGAUCUGGCUCGAUGCUCACAGUCUCACUCAAGUCUUCGUCACACUUGGAUGCGUGAGCUUUGGUGUUAUGUUCCUGGGUACAAUCGUCAUGAUGUAUUUCGGCAAGGCUGCCCGCAGGUGGACCGCUAACAAGUACAAGGAAUUCCUCUAUAUCAGAGGAUCGGUGUAG